UGUAUUUUGUUCAUAUAGAUCUGGUUUAGAAACGAGUAUUCAUACAACCAGCACAAACUGGAUUACAUUGUUACUUAUAUAGUCAGCAUUUUAAUACUCUAACGAGACACACUACAACAAAAUCAGGGAUAGCUUAGAUCUCUUUUAGAAAGCAGUAUUUAUGUUAUCAACGCGCAGAAUCGGUGGAAGGUGAGGUUAUCACAUUUGAUUGGCUGCUUCAGAGACGCUUCACAUUUUAAUGCACGAUCGAUUUUAGUGACAAAUCCUUGACAGCUACUAGUACAUAUUUUAUGGUACACUAUAUGUAGGUGUGAUUUAGAAAGCAGUGUUUCUGUGCAGGGUCGCAAGCGAGGAUUACUAUAUUUGAUUGGCUAUUCCAGUGACGUUUCAGUUUUUCGAUGUGUGAACUCGUUCAGGCAUGCAAUAAUAAAACCGGGACUAACUGUAUUAUUUUGUUGCUCGCUUUAUCUAUGUGGUGUUUACAAAACAGUAUUACCUUUCGUGACUGAAAGCUAAGAUUAUUAUCAGUGAUAGGUCUGAUUUAGAAAGCAGGUUUUUUUUUCUGAAAUAAGCGCGUCAACAGAGCAAGUUGGGAUUCUGGUAUUCAGUUAGCUACUCUGAGGGAAUUGUCCUGGCGGUCAGUUUGAAAAGACGAACUAAAGGAGAAAACAAAUCAAACAAAUAAACACAAGCAUAUUCUCUGUCUAAUAUCUCAGUGUUGUUAACAUAAAGCAGAAAAAACAAAACUAAAUUCCAACUCUCAAAGUGGACCGCAACUUGGAAAAGGCGUGAAUCCGAUAAAAACGAAACAAAAUGGAGGGUUCCGGCGUCCGUUCGUUUGAAACGGCCGACUACGUGGUAUUCGCUCUUAUGUUGUCUGUGUCUGCAGGAAUUGGCAUUUUCUAUGCCUUCUGGGGAGGAAGGCAGAAAACAACAAAAGAAUUCUUGAUGGCGGACCGAAGUAUGCAGAUCGUGCCAGUAGCCAUCUCGAUCCUUGUUUCGUUUAUGAGUGCGAUCCUGAUUUUAGGAACACCGGCCGAGAUGUAUAAUAAUGGCACAGAAUACAUUCUCUACACGUUCGGUAUCUGCCUUGCCAUCGUCUUGUCGACUGUACUGUUUGUACCACUGUUGUUCAAUCUGAAGCUAACAAGUUCUUUUGAGUACCUGGAGAAACGAUUUCAGUCUCGAGCAGCCAAACUCAUUGGGACCAGUCUCAUGAUUAUACAGCAGAUCGUAUAUAUGGGCAUAGCAACAUUUUCACCUUCGACCGCACUGGAAGCUGUGACUGGUUUUCCGGUAUGGGCUACCAUUAUUACAGUGGGUUUGGUGUCAACGUUCUACACGUCUCUAGGAGGUAUGAAAGCCGUUGUUUGGACAGACGUGUUCCAGUCUCUGGUCAUGUUAGCUGGGCUACUGGCUAUUCUUAUUGAGGGUUCAAUGAUUAUUGGUGGUAUGGAUCAAGUGUGGAGAAUCAACGAUGAGUGGGGUCGCAUUCAUUUCUGGAAUUUCAGUGUUGAUCCUACUCAACGUCACAGUUUCUGGUCACUGAUCAUAGGGGGCGCUGUAGGGUGGACGGCCACGUACGGCGUGAAUCAAGCCAGUGUGCAGAGAUAUUGUGCCCUGCCCACUCUGAAGAAAGCGAAAAUAUCUGUGAUGCUGAACAUAUUUGGUGUGAUUCUGCUGGUACUGGUCGUUUGUCUGGCGGGGAUUAUCAUGUUCGCCUAUUACGCCAUGAAAGGGUGCGACCCGCUCAGCGCUGGAUACAUCGCCAACUCGAACCAGCUGUUACCUUUCUUUGUUAUGGAGAUACUAGGAUACCCCGGACUUCCUGGCCUCUUCAUAUCCUGUCUCUUUAGUGGGGCUCUCAGCACGAUGUCCUCGUGCCUGAACGCCCUGGCUGCUGUGACGUGGGAGGAUUUCCUCAAAACUUCCCUGGACGACCGACUCACUGAGAGUCAGAAGACUCUUCUCACCAAAUUCCUAGUAUUAGUGUUUGGGGGAGCUGGUAUCGCAAUGUCCUUCGUCGCAAUGAACCUAGGCGGGACAGUUUUACAGGCCUCUCUGAGUUUCACGGGCGCGGCAUCAGGACCGAUCCUCGGUAUCUUUGCUCUAGGAGCCUUUUUCCCAUGGGCCAACUGGAUCGGUGCCUGUGUAGGCGGUGUACUGGGACUUGUGUUCCCUAUGUGGAUUGUGAUCGGCAGCUACAGCGUCGUCGGUCCGCCGUCCUCAAUGCGCUUUCCCACAGACAACUGCACCGCCCCCAACAUCACCACGACACUGAUGACGACACUGGUUACCAUGACAACGACAGAGACACCACCAGUGGAAGAGAUUUCAGGGAUCAGUCUGCUGUAUACAGUGUCGUACCUGUGGUUACCGAGCAUUGGCGCCGCCACCGUGGUCGUCGUCGGGUUGAUAGUCAGCUUCAUUACAGGUCCUAUGAAGGUGGGUGACGUGGACUCCAAGUAUAUGGUUCCGUUCUUUGAUCGUCUUUUCUGCUGUCUGCCAGAGCGCGUCAGUCGAGUACUCAGGUGUAACCAGGAGUUUGAGGAUCCAGAGACGUCCAAUGUUAAGGAGGACGAGUUCAUCAUCACACCAGGGGGAGAUGUUACGAGUAAUGGCACCACAGGAGAACCCGCUGUGCUAUUCCAGAAAGCGGAUCCAUCUUUACCUGUCAGCGGCAUGUCAAUUAAAUUCAUCAACCCUGAUUACACAAAAAACACGUACAGUUCAGAGUAUUUAUAAACAAUGCCCCGUAUUAGUAUAUUAAUUACCUUUGUAUUAUUCAGUAUUUUGUUUUCAAUUGUUUUAUUGUGUGUAAGGUCAUAAGCCCAUGUAUACAGUUGUUCAAACAAUUAGCCGGCUGUUUACGUUUAUGUACAUGUAUAAUCAUAUUCUGAAAGCAUGACUAACAAGAGAAAUUAAAAAGAAAGAAAGAACGACAGAAAAAAACAACUAUAUAAUUAAAAUGAUCUAAUGGAUUUUCAA